UCAUAGAUAAUUCUUUUUAAAAUUUUCAGGACCUUAUUUCUGUUCAUAAAUCUCUCUAGAGUCUACUCCACUCCGCCCGUCCACCUGCUCACCUCUCUCUCUCUCUCUCUGUGAAAGAAAAAUGGCGAACGCAAGGUCUCAGAAGAAAGUUCUGAUAAUCGGUGGCGAUUAUAUGGAAGAUUACGAGGUGAUGGUUCCAUUUCAAGCAUUGCAGGCAUAUGGUAUAUCUGUUGAUGCUGUUUGCCCUGGGAAGAAAGCUGGUGAUAUAUGCCGUACUGCUGUUCAUCAGAGUUCUGGCCAUCAGACCUAUUCCGAGUCACGAGGUCACAAUUUCACACUUAAUGCAUCGUUUGAUGAGAUUCAAGUAAACGAGUACGAUGGGUUGCUUAUCCCAGGGGGACGGGCUCCAGAAUAUCUUGCAAUGGAUGAAGCUGUUCUGAAUUUAGUGAGUCAUUUCUCUGACUGUGGAAAGCCAAUUGCUUCCAUUUGCCAUGGACAAUUGAUCUUGGCAGCUGCAGGCUUGGUGAAAGGCCGGAAGGUCACAGCAUAUCCUCCUGUGAAGUCUGCACUGGUUGCUGCUGGUUCUCAUUGGGUAGAACCUCAGACCAUGGCAGCAUGUGUUGUCGAUGGUAACCUCAUAACAGGAACAACAUACACAGGGCAUCCUGAGUUUAUCCAGCAUUUUGUGAAGGCACUAGGAGGCACAAUAACUGGUUCAGCAGCUAAGCGGAUACUGUUUCUUUGUGGGGACUAUAUGGAAGAUUAUGAGGUUAUGGUUCCAUUUCAGUCUCUUCAAGGUCUUGGUUGCCAUGUUGAUGCUGUCUGCCCCGAAAAGAAGGCAGGUGAUAUCUGCCCAACAGCCAUUCAUGAUUUUGAAGGUGACCAGACUUACAGUGAAAAGCCAGGCCAUGAUUUCACUCUGACAGCAACCUUUAAAGGUUUGGAUGUAUUGAGUUAUGAUGCACUUGUGAUUCCUGGAGGACGAGCUCCAGAGUACUUGGCAUUAGAUGAGAAUGUACUGUCUAUUGUGAAAAUUUUCAUGGAGUUGGGAAAGCCAAUUGCAUCCAUUUGCCAUGGACAACAGAUUCUGUCUGCUGCGAAUGUUCUGAAGGGUAAAAAGUGCACUGCAUAUCCUGCUGUGAAACUCAAUGUGGUUUUGGCGGGGGCAACAUGGUUAGAGCCCAAUCCAAUAGACCGAUGCUUCACCGAUGGAAAUUUGGUGACUGGAGCAGCUUGGCCUGGGCAUCCUGAGUUUAUCUCCCAGUUGAUGACAUUGCUUGAUAUUCGAGUAUCAUUCUAAUGUGAGUGCAUGAGUUAAAAUAAUGUUAUUCCCAUGUAUCUGUAAAAUUAUAGACUUGUUCUUUACGUUCUACAUGUGUCCAAAUGAGUAAAACUUUGCAUACGUUUACUAUGCCGUGUUCUUAUUCUAGUUGAGAAAUCUAGGUUAACACA